AUGUCCAAGUCGAUGAUGCAAGUCCAACAUUACAAGUUUGGUCUUGAUAACCCUCCACGGCGAGCCAUCGUUGCUUCGAUCCGUAGGCACUUUGAUGGACCAUGGUAUUAUAUAUCUUCGGUUCACAAUGAGAGCCUCAUGCAAUGGUGGGGUGAUUUCAUCCAAAGUUUUUUCUGGGAUGAUGCACUUGGCGGAAAAGUGUAUCAUUUGUGGUAUCAUGUUCUUAGUGGCCGCCUUAGAGACAUGAUUUCCAAGGCUAAAGUUUUGGGUACUAAGCCAAAGUGGAUAAGUGGGGAGAUCUGGGAGACAAUGCAGGAGUAUUGGGGAACCGACGCAUCGAGGAAGAAGAGCAAGAUAGCUUCAGCUAAUCGAAUGUCUUGUCGUGAUGGUUUUGAUCCACAUGCUCACACCUCUGGCUCACAAUCCUACGACCAGCUCCGAGAGUUAAUUCGACAACAGGAAGGGAUUGAGCCUUCCAUGCUUCGCAUUCUCAGAGAGACUCACCGCAAAUCUGAUGGGACUUAUGUGGAUGAUAAGGCGAGGUCGAUCGAAGAAGAGAUUCAAAGACAGAUAGAUGCAAUCUCUCAAGCCUCUGAUGGUGCAUCACUAGGAGCAUCUUCCUCAAUUGAGGAGGAUGAGUUGUUCUAUAAGGUAGUACCUUCUCAGAAUGGGAGGAACUUCGGACUCGGGGGUCAGAACUACAUUCGUGAGCGUGGAGAAAGCUCAGCUGGUGCACUGGAAAGAAUCUCUCUUGAACGUCAACUCACUUCUCUUCAAGAGAAGAUGGCCACUGUUGUGGAAUUUAUGAACCAGUAUAUGACUGCAGGUGCCUCACACUCUUUCCCAUCGGUUCAACAAACUAAUGCUAUUGGUGCGUCUGUCACCACUCCAAUUCAAACCAACAACAGGCAGAACUGA